AGAGAGAGGCCGUCGGGUACAGAGUGGGGGUUACCACAGGACACUCGUGUACCGCUGCUGGACCUCAGCUAGUAGCAACAAGCAGCGCUCUUGACUGCCUGGGAUUAUCUCUCUAGCCUUCCUCACCUCUGGAUAUUCUGCUCUUUGCAUAUACAGGGGCAACUUCAAAGUCCCACACCGCUCACAUUUGCAUUAAUGUGUCGGCUCUGGGCUUUUUUUGGUUUUUUACGUAUUUUUGCUUUUAAUGCGUGGACUCUCUGAACCGGAGCGAGCGAAGCACCAACCGACCCGGACCGAUUUACUUUUCGGCUUUGGUUACAUUCAUUGACAGCGUGCGUGGAUUUAAGGACAGAGUGUACUGGCUGUGACAUUACAGAGCACAAUGUCGGUGAAAAAGACUUCACCUGGGUGGCUUCAGGGGCAAGUUGUAUGACACGAUAUAUUUAGCCACUAUUUAUAAAAUAGGAGCUGUGGAUCAGCGGACGCAGGCGGCAGCCUACACUCAGAGGUCACUAUGAAGUAAAACAUGACACACAACUGUGUGACGGUGCGAGAGGCGACUGGAGCGACAGUGUUUCUCUCCCCUGGCUUUUAGUCUUUUCGUCUUUUCAGGGCUUCGAGGUAGCAGCACGGCACUUGGGUUGUUAGCACUUGUAGCAUUUGGACUGUAGCGAUGUUUAAUUUGUGAAGGAAAUGCAAAAGAAUAAAUGAAUAACAUCACAAAAGACGGCAAAGUUUGACUGUUAACUACGUUUGUCCGAAACCUGAAAGGUCACCGGGAAUCCACCUCCUCCUCCUCCUCCUCCUCCUCUGGCUCCUAUCAGUCUGUUAUGAAGAUGUGAACUCUUCCUUCCCUCCGCUCCUCUCUCUCUCAUUGCCGUCCAGGACGCUUUGAUCUCCCCCCUCCCUCUAUUUACCACACAGAGACCACAUCCCGACUCCCGCCUCUCGGAGAUGUACGAAAGCGUGGAUGUUGUGGGUUUAAGCCCAAGUCCCAGCAGCCCAAGCACGGGCUCUUUUCUAAGCAUGGACUACUACCACAGACCCCCGGGGCUCGGGCCGGAGAAGGGACUAUUGUCCGUUGUAGGAGGACUCCAGCGCCCCUUUGGAGGGUCUCUGCUGACCGGCAGGCACUGGAGCGGAUCCAGCCACUCUAUAGAGACUGAGAGCACGAGCUCAGGGGAGGACCUGCUUGUCCCCAGUCCUCCCUCACCUCCUCCACCACCUCGUAUCUACAAACCCUGCUUUGUCUGCCAGGACAAAUCAUCAGGAUACCAUUAUGGAGUCAGCGCCUGCGAAGGCUGCAAGGGUUUCUUUCGGAGGAGCAUCCAGAAGAACAUGGUGUACACGUGCCACCGGGACAAAGUCUGUGUCAUCAACAAAGUGACGAGGAACCGGUGUCAGUCUUGUCGGCUGCAGAAGUGCCUGGAUGUGGGCAUGUCUAAAGAGCUGGUGCGAAAUGACCGAACAAAGAAGAAGAAGGAAGAGAAGAAGCAGCCUGACACAGAGAUCUACGUCCUGUCAGCAGACACGGAGCAGAUGAUCGAACGAGUUCGCCGGGCCCAUCAGGAUACAUUUCCCUCCCUCUGUCAGCUGGGAAAAUACACCACGAGCAACAGCUCCGAGCAUCGCGUGGCUCUGGAUGUGAGUCUCUGGGACAAGUUCAGCGAACUGUCUACCAAAUGCAUUAUUAAGACAGUGGAGUUUGCUAAGCAGCUCCCAGGCUUCACCACCCUAACCAUCGCUGAUCAGAUCACGCUGCUCAAAGCCGCCUGCCUCGACAUACUGAUUCUGAGGAUCUGCACCCGCUACACUCCAGACCAGGACACCAUGACCUUCUCAGAUGGCCUCACCCUCAAUCGUACCCAGAUGCACAACGCCGGGUUCGGACCUCUCACAGACCUGGUGUUUGCCUUUGCCAAUCAGCUGCUCCCACUGGAAAUGGACGAUGCAGAAACAGGGUUACUCAGUGCCAUCUGCCUGCUCUGUGGAGAUCGUCAGGAUCUGGAGGAAUCAGAGAAGGUGGAUAUUCUUCAGGAGCCGAUGCUCGAAGCUUUGAAGCUCUAUGUGAGGAGGAGACGGCCUGACAAACCCUGCAUGUUCCCCAAGAUACUGAUGAAGAUUACUGACCUCAGGAGCAUCAGUGUUAAAGGAGCAGAGCGAGUGAUCACACUGAAAAUGGAGAUCCCUGGCUCCAUGCCUCCUCUCAUCCAGGAGAUGCUGGAGAACUCUGAGGGACUGGAGGGGCACGGAGCAGGGGGAGGAAAAGGAAGAGGAGGAGCCAGGAGGGAGGUGGAAGAAGAAUCGGGAAGCUGCCGUUCGAGUCCGAUGCACAAACCGGUCCAUUUUCCCAGCCCGAGUCCUGCUCCCCGCUCCCCCUCCUCUCCUUCCACUCCCUCCACCUGAGGCUCCACAAUCUGCAAACAGUAAUAGAGGAACUUGAGCAGAGCAUUUUGCUCUGAGAGGGAAUGUUCGAACCCAUGAACUUUCUGGGUUGUUGGUGACCUGCUUGUCAAUGCUGCGUGGACUGCUUGUGUUGACAAAUCAUGGUUCUUGAUGUUAAAUGCAAAAAAGCCAACACAUUUCUUUUUAAUGAUGUAUAAAAAGCUGAUGACAUGGACGGACUGAACAGAAUUCCUCGUAAAUCAGAUUUCCUUCAGUACAAAAAGUCACGUGCUGUAUAGUCGAGAGAAUUAUUGUGUGUAAUAUAGUGUAUAUAACAAAGGCUGUGAAAAAAGAAGAAGCUGAGACUGAGACAGGCUGAUACAAGAGGUUAUUUUCCUAACUGUACAUAUGUAAAUACUGUAUUUUUCCCAGUGCAGCUAACCAGCCUUCACCUCACCAACACAAAUACACUUCACCUCCUCUCCUCUUACCGCUCACAAGGACAAAUAAAAAUCUUAGAUCAUCGUCAUCAACUUUGGAUUAUUUUCAGAUUCAACUCCAGCAACUUAAAGUAGCUUCAACAAACUGUGAAACACAUGAAAUUAGUUUUAUACAAUAGUUACCUGUCUUCCCUGUUGGUGGACAUUUUCAACCAAAGCAGAGUUGAUAGAUGUGUCAUCAGUGACAUCACUAACAUCUAAAGGUUCAAGCUGUGUUUUGAGGCUGCAGUGGUGCCCUUGAAGCAUUGUUAGAACUGAAUUCAUUUUGAGUUCAGUGGUCACCGUAUGUACAGAAUCACCAGUGAGAUUAACUGUUUAGGAGAGUUACCAUGUUUAUGACAAAAUAAAGCUUUAAUUUAAUUUAGUUUUCCCACGUGGAAGUUCUGCUUCUAACACUGUGUUUGCCACUGCAGAAUUCCCCCUAUCUGCAGCUGGAGUCUGUAGCAGCACAUGGAAAUAUGGCAUACAAAAAGCUGCCAAACAAAUGUUCCAUGUAUGUAGGGAGGCCACUCUGUAAAAUUUGCUGGCCCCCCCAGUGGCCGCUCCCCCAGCAAGACCGUGUUAUGUUGGUAAUAAUUCUAAAACAUGUGAGCAUGAGAGAGGAAGUUUAAACAUUAACUCAGGCGCUCCUGGUUUGUAUGCCAAACUUUGUUCAUGGACUUUCUGGAACCUAUCAAAAGAAAAUAAUAUCAUUUGUCCUCUAGAGGGCACUGCAGUAAGUAAAAACACGUUUUUGUCUAUCAGUGCCCAGCUCCCUCACUGCUUUCUGCUCAGUUGUGUUUUUUUAUUGUGUGCACCUCUUGAUGUCAGCGUCUGUUUACACAGUGUUACUGCCUCACUACAACUUCCCUGCUGUCAGGUACAAUUCAUCUCUAUUUCAGUGUUGUCCCCAUUACUGUGUGGUGAGGUAACACUGGAAAGUCUCACAUACAGAGCGUUCAAUAAAGAAGCAUCACUCUCUUAUAAA